GAAAAACUAGCCAGAAAAGCGGAGUUGGGAGGUGGGGGAGGAGGAGAAGGAUGGGCUGGCCAUCUCCGACUCCCUCGAUCAGGUUGGCCUUGGUAUUCUCCCUUUCUUUCGCAGCAGCGUCUUACACAACCUAUUCGUAUGCUUCUUACUCCUCCUCCUCAUCGUCUUUUUCCUUCUUCCGCAAGCUUCGUUCCUCUAAAUCCAACUCUCUUCCCAGUACUCCCAAUCCCAAAGCCACGCCCUCCGAUUUGCUCUCCCUCCUUGGCACUCCGAAGCAAGCCUCCUCUUCAAUUGACCCCGACGUAGCCAAGCAGCUCACCUCCUGCCUCAGAUUCCUCGUCCCUUUCUCUCCUUCCUCCCCCUCCCCCUCCCGGAAAUCGAAAAUACCCAUCGAUUGUCGGACUCGGUCUCGGACGUGGAGCGAAGAGAACGAGCUCAUCUGGUGGCCGCCACCCCCGGUGAUGGAGCUCGCCCGCCUCGCCUUCGACUACGGUGGCGAUCCCGACGCCAUUUAUCGCGCACUUGAUCCUUCGAUUAUCCCCAUACCUGAUGUAGAAGAAUCAAAAGAGAAUAGAUGUGAGCUUACUAGAACCCCAUAUGGUAGACGCUUUAUAGAUGAGGAGUUGAAUUCUUACCUAAAGUUCCUAUUUGAGAUUAUUGCUUCUCGCGGUCCCAGUGUUGGAUUGGAUGUGUCCUUAAGUCGCUUUGACUUAUUUCAUGGUCACCUCUUUCUUGCUACAGGAUCUGGAAGACUUGGUAUCUUGUUCCAUGCAAAAGAGUACCCAACCUAUGAUAUGGAGGUUUUCCCUUACAACAUGGGUUACUGCCAAAUCGGAUCUAAUGUGUUAUAUGAUGAUUCAAUGAACUUGCAGAACAUUCUUUGGCUGGCCCCAAUGCCAAGUAAUUCCACCAAGGGUUGGUCGGCACCUGGAGUUUUGGUGGUUCUGGAUGCACAUCAAGCGGGGAUCAUAUAUAGAGACCUAAUACCUGAAUACGCAAAGUACGCUAGGACUAUAUAUGAAGAUGACUUUGGGGAUGCUGCUGUCGAUGUCAACUACCUGAAUUAUCAAAUUUUCAUCUGUUAACAACAUAUAAGGGGGGAUGCUGCUAGUCUCAUCCCGAUGUUGCUGGCUUGCUGCCGUACAGAUUCAUUCAUGGAGACCAUUUCAUUCAGUUGAGCUUCAUAUCAUUGUUGUGGCUAGUAAAAAUUUCUACAAAUUUGUGUUAUUUAACACUUUGCCGGCCCCACCUAGUAAGGUUAAGGGUUGUGAUUGUUGGGUUUGUUUUUGUAUUAUUUCAUACUUUUGCUCUAGUUUGAACUGUCCACGUGGAAGUUAAAUUGUGAGACACUUGGGACCCAUUUGAUUCC